AUGCUUACACCAGUCAUUGCCGCGCUGGCUCUCACCAGUACAGUAACAGCACAAUGCACUCGCGAGUCCCUAAAAUCAGCUACCCAAACCCUCCUCUCCUCAUACAUGUCGGGAUCCGCAACCUCACUCUCAUCUCCCGAGACAAUCUACACCGAAAAUGAAAUCAACAAAACAAUCACCACAGGAAUCUUCUCCCACGCCUUGAAAAUCGCACACAACCGUUCCUCGUUCGACACCACCCAAUGCGCCACUUACACCGAAAUCAUCGUCACCGAUUCAGCUCAUCCAUAUGUCAUCGGCACGCAGAUGCGAUUCGACUCUUCCAACACUAGUCUGAGCAAGAUCGAGACCAUCGUGACGGAAACGGGGGAUUGGUUGUUUAACGCGGCGAAUACGCUGAAGUAUGCGGCUUCGGAAGAUGGCCUUUGGGGUGAGAUUGCGGCGGCGAAGAGGGAUACCAGAAAGGUUAUUCAGGCGGCAGCGGAUGCUUAUUUGGAUGUUUUUAAUGAUAAGAAUGUUAAGGUUCCGUGGGGGAUUCCGUGUGCCAGACUUGAGGGGGGUGCGUAUACGGGGAAGGGAAGUCCUAAUGAUACUUGCGAAGUUGGUAUUCCAACUGGGGUGGUGAUCAAUAACCGAAGAUACAUCAUCGAUGAGGUAUUGGGAACGGUCGACGUCUUCUGUACUUUUUCUGGAAUUGCUGAUACGCACGAAUUCCGUAUUCAAGAGGGCAAGAUCAGAUUCGUCCAUACUAUGACCAACACUGGGAAGUGA